AUGGGGACAAUCUUGAAGCCCGUGCGCGAGGCGCCGUUCCGAUGCCUGAGCAAGAGGCCACGCCGGCACGCGGGAUCCGUCGUCCGCUUUGAGUCCGUCGGAAUCGGAACAGGGAGGCGUGCUCCGGGUGCCCGAGGGGGCUCUUGCCUUGCCAACGCCUCUAGCAGAUCUAAGAUCGGGGGCGGUGCCCAGCGGGGUGGACGCGUGCCCUUGACCGUGGCCGCCGUGCCCCUGUCUUCGGCGUCCGCUGUUGCUGGUGUUCCAGCGGCCAGCGUCGCGGCGCCCGGCGAGCCGGCGCGGCUGCCGGUCCCGCAGGAGCCGCAAACCCCAGCGGGGGCGGCCGAGGCUGAGGUGGUCCCUUUGGGGAACGUCUUUGCCGAAUUUUGGGCGGGGUACAACGAGCUGCUGGCGGAGAAGCCGAUCAUGGUGAAGAGCAUGACGUCGUUCUUCGGGUUCAUGAUUGGGGACAUCUGCGCCCAGGCGAUCAUGGGCGGCGCUUACGAUCCGUAUCGGACGGCGCGGCUGACGGCGUUCGGGGUUCUGAUGGACGGCCCCGUCGGACAUUGCUGGUACGCGACCCUGGACAAGAACGUCAUGCCCGAAGACCCCAAGACCACAAAAGCGAUCAUCAUCAAGACGGCAUUGGACCAACUCAUAUGGGCGCCAAUGUUUAGUUGUGUUUUCUUCACGUUCGUCAGAACGAUGGAGGGCCAUCCAGAGCUUGCGCUCUCAACCAUCCAGAGUGAACUCGUGCCAACCAUUGUGGCCAACUACGCCCUGUGGCCCCUUGCUCACCUCAUCAACUUCCGCUUCGUUCCUCCUGAGCAGCGCAUAUUAUACAUCAACUUUGUGCAGAUUUUGUGGACAUCGUAUUUAUCAAACCUGGCAAACAAUGGCCAUGCCAACCUGUUCCACAACAUGUUUUAG